UCUACCAGUCGCUCAUGUCCUCAGUGCGUGGGCUCAGUAUGUUUGACUGUUUACCUUCUAUGCGCCUCAUGGAGACCAUCAAUCCACUAGGUUUCAUAUACCAAAACUUCCACUACACUUUUGUGCUUGAGAGACCAGAGAUUGACCUCAGAUGUCUUCUUCAAUCACUGUCUACCUUUACCUUUGAGUCAUGCACUCAUAGCUUCAUCUCAAAUCUGCUGUGUUGACUGGUAUCAUACCUGACUGCUGUUAGGGUUGGAGUUCUCAGUCUUCCCAUAGGAAGGGAAAGAAUGAAUUUGACAAGAGACUUGUUAAUGGAGAUUCUCUGUUUUUCACGAAGAAGACAAAAUAUCCUUAAAACAUCUGAAUUAAACCCUACAGUCAGCCUACAUUAAACUUGCUGCCACAGGGGACCAUGGACAUUGAAGCAUACUUUGAAAGGAUUGGUUAUAAGAACUUAGAGGAUAAACUGGACUUGGACACAUUAACUGAAAUUCUUCAGCACCAGAUACAUGCGGUUCCUUUUGAGAAUCUUAACAUGCAUUGUGGAGAAGCCAUGGAUAUUGGCUUAGAGGCCAUUUUUGACCAGAUAGUAAGGAAGAAGCGGGGUGGUUGGUGUCUCCAGAUUAAUCAUCUGCUGUACUGGGCUCUGACCAAAAUGGGCUUUGAAACCACAAUGUUGGGAGGAUACUUUUACAUAACUCCAACCAGCAAAUACAGCAGUGAAAUGGUCCACCUUCUGGUACAGGUGACCAUCAGUGACAGGAACUACAUCGUGGAUUCUGCCUGUGGAUGCUCCUACCAGAUAUGGAAGCCUCUGGAAUUAACAUCAGGGAAGGAUCAGCCUCAGGUGCCUGCCAUCUUCCGUUUGACAGAAGAGAAUGGAACCUGGUACUUGGACCAAAUCAGAAGAGAGCACUACAUUCCAAAUGAGGAAUUUGUUAACUCAGACCUCCUUGACAAGAACAAAUAUCGAAAAAUCUAUUCCUUUACUCUUGAACCCCGCACUAUUGAGGAUUUUGUACAUGUGAAUACCUACCUUCAGACAUCAUCAACCUCUGUUUUUGUAAGCACAUCAGUUUGUUCCUUGCAGACAUCAGAAGGGGUUUCCUGUUUAGUAGGCUUCACCUUUAUGAGUAGGAAAUUCAGUUACAAGGACAACGUAGAUCUGGUCGAGUUUAAGAAGGUGAACGAGGACGAAAUGGAAGAUGUACUGAAAACUACAUUUGGCAUUUCUUUGGAGAGAAAGUUUGUGCCCAAACAUGGUAAACUAUCUUUUACUAUUUAGGGUAAGGAACAAAAUUGUUUUUUUAUUAUUAUUUCAUGUUCUCGAACAUUUGAAACAUAUGCAAAUGUAUCCAUAACAGAUAUCACCCAGCACAAUAUUGAUGCUUGUAUCUUCUAUUUCCUUCAUUUUACAAAGAAGAAAUACAAGUUGUUCUGUCAUUACAUGAAGAAAAUAUCACAUUACAAUUAAAAGAAUUUAACGCACAUAACCAUAAUUCUUUAAAGAUUAAUCGUGCAAAAAUUUCUUAAUGAAGCCUUAUUCAUUUGUAAUAGAAAACCUCCCAAUGUUAUUUUAUUGUUGAACUCACAUAAAACUUACAUUAGUGAUUGAAUAUGAAUAAUCAGAGAACUGCAGGCAUUAAAUUCAGCCAGAGUAAACCUGAUGUCCAAGGUUUACAGGAAGCCACCUUCACAGCUUAGAACCAAAAAAUAAAAUAAAAAAUAAAUUAAAAAAGGAGACAAGAAUGAGCCAUCGUUUCAGUUCCCGGUAACCUCCCAGGCCUCAAAACAAAACUCAAGCCAAAGCGUAUGGCUCUGUGUGUGUGCCAAGACAGUGACAAGGCUUGGAAUUUCCUCCAGGCUUAAUUUUUCAGAUGCAGUUCUUUGAGGUUUUUUUUAGAUACGUUCUUUGAUUUUGUAUUUGAUUUGUUUAAAAAUAUGGGAAUACUGAUCUGUAGAAUUAGGUGAUUUAUAUACCUCAUGUGAUAAUAUUUAUAGUUCAUAAAUUAUAUGUAACCUGGAAAACAUUGUUUAUGAAGUAUAAUAAACGUAAAAUAUAUUAAAACA